AUAAUGGGGGCCUGGGGUUGCUGUAUUACCUUAAAAUCCCUCUUUGCCCUCAUCCUGUCCUGUCAGCAUUUGAUUAUGAUCAUUACUCAUGCACACACACACACACACGCCCACCCCCACACGCACGGCAGGCAACCCCCACCACACCACACACACACUGAUGUUCCGUGACUCCUCAGGGUGUUGCACAGGAGGCACUGCUUUCAUUAUCUCUCUGUGUGCCGUAAUAGGACUCUGUGCAUUAAGACGGGCGCUGCCACUUCAUGUGAACCCCCCUCAGCUGCUGCUGCUCCUGAACGCCACACAAAGACCAGGAAAAGUUAGGAGGGUCGGAACAACUCAGUUUUUCAGCGUCCAGAUUUCCCAGUGUGCCGUUCAGUUAUACCCUGGGCCCGACCUCCAGUUGACCUUCAUGCUGGUGCAGCGGAGGCCAUGGAGCAGUACAACACAGACGACCGCCACUACGAGCGCUCCCUGUUUCCCACCUCCACCCUCAUCCCUGUUACAGUCAUCUGCAUCCUCAUCUUCAUCAUCGGAGUGACCGGCAACACCAUGACCAUCCUCAUCAUCCAGCACUUCAAGGACAUGAAGACCACCACCAACCUGUACCUGUCCAGCAUGGCGGUGUCUGACCUUAUUAUCUUCCUCUGCCUGCCCUUUGACCUCUACCGGCUGUGGAAAUACGUGCCGUGGGUUUUCGGGGAGGCGGUGUGUCGCUUCUACCACUACAUCUUCGAGGGCUGCACCUCGGCCACCAUCCUCCACAUCACCGCGCUGAGCAUCGAGCGCUACCUGGCCAUCAGCUUCCCGCUCCGGAGCAAAGUCAUGGUGACCCGACGCCGGGUCCAGUACAUCAUCCUCGCCCUGUGGGGCUUCGCCCUGGUCUCCGCAGCCCCCACGCUCUUCCUGGUGGGGGUGGAGUACGAUAACGACACACACCCCGACUACGACAAGGGUCAGUGUAAGCACACCAGCUACGCCAUCAGCUCCGGACAGCUGCACAUCAUGCUGUGGGUGUCCACCACCUACUUCUUCUGCCCGAUGCUCUGCCUCGUCUUCCUCUACGGCUCCAUCGGCUGCAAGCUGUGGAAGAGCAAAAACGACAUGCAGGGGCCCUGCACACUGGCCCGGGAGAGGUCCCACAGACAAACAGUCAAGAUCCUGGUGGUGGUGGUGCUGGCCUUCAUCAUCUGCUGGCUGCCUUACCACAUCGGCAGAAACCUCUUCGCCCAGGUGGACGACUACGAGACGGCCAUGCUCAGCCAGAACUUCAACAUGGCCUCCAUGGUGCUCUGCUACCUCAGCGCCUCCAUCAACCCGGUCGUCUACAACCUCAUGUCCCGGAAGUACCGGGCCGCAGCCAAGCGCCUCUUCCUGCUGCACCAGCGGCCCCGGCAGGCCGGCCGCAGCCAGAGGCAGCACUGUAUGAUCGAUCACAUCUCCACGCUGAAUGAAAGCCUCACCGGGGUCUGAUCUUCCCUACGGUUCAGGGUUCAAGAUCAAAAGAGGAUUCUCAGUGAGGAUGUGCAGAAAACGGAUGAGAGGGGAAACAGGGCUCUUCAAUGCAAAAAGUAAUAAUAAUCUGUUACUUCUUAAUGGCCUUCUGAUUACUAUAAUCGCCUAUAAUGUCACAGUAUAGUUCUUGAGAUACCUUUAUGCAGUCAGCGUUCAGUAUUAUUUACAUCUGAUAUACAUCUGUAAAUUCAGCUCACUUAUCUCCGUUGUUUUUGGAUUACAUUAGAGUUGUAAGACUGGUUGUUAUUAGGAGGAAUGUAUGACUGUUUAUGUGUCAUUUAUACAUGUUGGUGUAUAGCUAGGUUUUCUGUAAUGUACAGCGAGUUAAUUGUGUUGGUAAAUUGUUCAUAUUUUGUCAGGCUACAGCCACAAACUUCAAUGUAUUUUCAGGCUUUUAGGUUCAUUUUGCACCUUCACACUCAAGUUUCUUCUCAUUCUUCUUUGCAAGAUAGUUCAAGCUCAGUACAAUUCAUCAGACUGUGUCUGUGAACAUUCAAUAUUUAUGUGUUCCUGUAGAUUCUUAGUGAGAUUUAACUAGGCCUAUUGUAACAAGUGAAUAUGCCUUAAUGUAAAUCUCUGCAUUCUAGCUUUAAUUGCAUAUUUUGGAUUGUUUCACUGGAAAUCUCAAAUCUUUUACAGUAAUAAGAGGUUUAGUUCCAUCUCCACAUCAUGAUGCUGCCACUGCCACAUUAGCUCAUGAGUGUGGUCAUGUGCAGUGUUAGUUUUCAACCACACAAAGUAUUUUAAAUGUAGGCCAAACUUUAAAUGGAAUUCUUUUUUUUUUUUUGCAAAAAUCUCCUCUUUCUUGUUUUCAGUUUCAGUCCCAAUUAGAGUGGAUGGAGAAAAGCAUUCCUACAGCAUGAUGCCGCCGCCACCGUGUGCCACUGUGAGAAAACAUGGUGGUGUCAGUGCAGGAUUAGAUGCAACAUGCAAUAGGGAUUUUCAUUUUCAUUUCUCUUUCACAUAGGCCAGACAUGUUUAGUGUCGACAGAAUCUGCUACUUUAAAUAGCCUUUUCUUUUUUAUUUGGAUGGUGGGUUGAGCCGUUAACAAUGACUUUAUCUUUGUUCCUUAGUCUUCAUGAUAAUGUUUUUUUUUGUUUUGUUUUUUUUCUUCAAAUGUUGCUCUGAAAAAUUGACACCUUCACAAAUGGCCUCCGAUGGCAACUGUUUGCAUUUUAUUUUUAAGAGUAAAGAAGAGUGAAGAAGAGUGAAGGUUAAAUACAAAAGCAUGCCACACUUUUCAGAUUUUUAUAGGUGAAAAACGUUUAAAAUCAUGUCAAAUUUGUCCUCAUCUUUACAGUUAUGUAUCACUUUUGCUGGUCUAGCACAGGGGUCUGAAUAGGGGGGUGAAUACUUUUACAAGGCACUGUAGUACAAAAACAUUUUUAAUCAUACUGUUUGUUUGAGAUUUAUAGGAAAGGAAACGACAAAAUAAAGAAGCCAGCAGGUU